CUGGAGGUAGCCCGACCACCGCAGAACCGAGCCCGACGCAGCUCGGUUGCGUUCGGUCGGUAGUCGGGGCCAGUCGGGCGCUCCACUGCUCUUUUCGGUCUGGUCGUUUUCCUCAGUCCGUCGUCGUUGCGCAUCGAGAACAGUUGCAUCCUUUCUUUUUCGUUAAAGACAACGAAUAGUACCCAUCUUUUUCCGCGCUAUGUGACGGAUAUUACGGGGCACCGAGCGUACCCCGCCUUCUCUCUGUAUAUCAUUCCCACCCUUUCCUUCUGCCUGCCACUACUCUCCUUUUCCCAGAGAGAGAGAGAGAGAGAGAGAGAAAGAGCACGUUGUAAACGCAGGCACGUACGUACGCAGGCACUCGCCGCCGACGAAGGGGCCACGAGGGCCCCGUGGAAUCGUGCCUAGGAAAACAUGGAGUGUCCACAUCUUGCUCAAAGCGUCCAAUUCGGCGGUAACGACGUAGAAGCGAACUGUGCGAAGGAUCUACCAUUCGUCUGUGCAGCAUGUGGCACCGAGAAAAGUACGUGGCUCUGUCUGUACUGCGGAGCCAUUCACUGUGGACGAUACGUGGCAGGCCAUGCAUUACAGCAUCACGAAGAAAAUACUCAACACUGUGUUUGUCUCGACUGUGAGAACCUGGCAGUAUUCUGUUACAUGUGUGACGAGUAUGUUAUUAACGACACGACGAGCGGCCAAAUCGAGAAGAUACGUCGCGUCACCUUUCGCAAGGACGAGCACAAAGAGAACGAAGAGAACUGGAACACGUCGCCGUCUACGACGCCGUCCUCGAGGAGAGAGAACAGCGACGAUAAUGACGCGGACGCCUUAUGGAAGGCGGAAGUGGUCGUGAGGAACCUACGACCGAGGACAGCACGGAAGAGGCUACACUCGUUGGACGGUACGAGCGGGGACAAUCGGCCGGCGACCAAGCGUAGGAGCUCGAAGAUAACCAAAGAGAAGAAGGUCGUCGGCCUGAGGAAUCUCGGCAACACCUGUUUCAUGAACGUCGUGUUGCAGUCAUUCAACAAUAUCAGCCAUUUUUGCGAGUAUCUCACGCAGAUGCCGUGUCUCGAGGGCAUUCCGUUCGAUGAACCACCCACGCACAGAGGGCGAAUCGUCACGCCCGGUCGAGCAAAAGAGUUCAUGAGCGACGCUUUGCUCGCGGAGGAGCUGAGGAAGGUUCUGCUUGGUCUGAACCUAGGUGGUUCGAAUGGCCAAGCCAUUUCUCCCGAAUGUCUUUUCCUUGUCAUUUGGAAAGUGGUACCGAGAUUUCGAGGCUAUCAACAACAAGAUGCUCACGAGUUUCUCACCUAUAUGUUGGAUAGACUGCACACGGAACUUUUGCAACUGUUACCCAGACUGGGACACGAACCCCUUGGUCUGCGUGGCAAGCAGAGUAUCGUUACAGCUGUCUUUGGAGGCACUCUUCUUAGCGUGGUCCACUGCAUGAACUGCCGUACAGAUUCCAAGACGCACGAGCCCUUUCAGGAUCUUUCACUGGAUAUACCGGAUAGACUGCAGAGACGAACGAAAGAACAGGAAGAAGUCUGCAGUCUCACGUACAGUUUAACGAGAUUCUUCAAAGUCGAAGAACUGGCUGAUAGCGAACUAUACUUUUGUGACAAUUGCAUGGGGAAACAGAGAUCCACCAAGAGGUUCUGGAUACACAGGCUGCCUAAUGUGUUGUGCCUUCACAUUAAAAGAUUUAGGUGGUGCAAUUCCUAUCGCUCGAAGGUGGACACACAGGUGGAUUUCCCGAUGAAAUCACUUGAUAUGUCUGCAUUUACGGUGCGUGGCAUGAGUGGAACAAAAUUGGGCGCUUCGAAUAGCCAUCUGUAUGACUUAGCCGCCGUUAUUGUGCAUCACGGUUCAGGUGCUGGAACUGGACAUUACACUGCCUUCGCUGUUCACGACGGACAAUGGUUCCACUUUAACGAUAGCUCUGUACGACCAGCAACUACGGACGCGGUCGCCAAGUGUAAACCUUAUAUUCUGUUUUACGUACGGAAAGAGUUCUCCAUUCCACCUCCCUUGUGACGUCGUUUCCCCAGUCAGUCCCGUCCUGAUGGUGCGAGCUUCGACGAUGAUGAUGAUGAGCGAACGAACAAGAAGUAAGCGAAUUCGAACACACGAAGUUGAACGGUGCAAAUGGUAAACGGCCAAAUGGAAGAAGAAGAAGACUCACAUGGUUUCUUUUUAAAUGUUUUUAAAAAAGGAAGGAAGACAGACUCGCUCCUUUUGUUACUCCAACGUACUUUCGUUUAGCAUGAUUAAUGUCGCGUAUGAAAACCUAUGUUCCGUUACCGGCAAGCGAUCGAUAUAUUUCUCGCAAAUCGAAUAGAACCGCUUUCUCGACAUCGUAUAGCAAUUUGAUAGAUAUCACGACGAAUUUAGCACGAUGUACGAGUACGAUAUUCGAUGGCAAUCCUCGUAGUCGUUCCAAGCGAAAGAAACAUUGAUCGUUCGCAAAUGAGCGACCAUCGAUGCAUUUUUAUUUGACACGUUCCUUUUUCGUUGCUUUCGAUCCUAUCGCGGAACAAUCCUCUUGUAUUCUUUUUCCACGUUAUCGAUUGUACGGUAAAUUAAUCGAGUAUUCGGAUAUGGCCCCUCUAUGGCGGACAAAAAUACCAUUACCAACGUAUGCGGUGCAUACCGAUUGCGUGCACACGCGUGAACAUGUAGGGAUGUACCGGGUGAACCGAGAGCUUCCUUUCCUUUUUUAGAAACGCCAGAAAGAAGAGAAAAAACGAUGAAAGAAAGAGCGUACUCUCGAGGCAGAUCGCGGAAACGCGUUGCCUUUAACGUUGAUUUUCUUUAUGCUCCUUUUCGCUGGUCUCUCUCUCGGUGGUCGUUGACCACCUCCCUUCAUCGAAUCGAUUAAAGCUCCCGGCCGUAUAGCGGAAUAACGCGUAACGCGUACCUCGUAUGUAUAGUUUUAACUAAAGCGAAAACGACUGGUCUUCUCGGUAGAUAGAUUUUUUUCUAGACUUAGAGCGACAUCAUCGUUAUUUCGAGGGAGCUGGUAAACGAAAAUACCAUAUAGAGCCAACCACUCUGUUACUUCGGAAAACAUGUUACCUUUGUCCUUGAAUACUUAACACAGACACGAGACGCAAUCCCACACACACAUCACCGUACACUAUUAUCAUUCGAACGUACACGUACUACGUAUACACACGUGAUUCCGCAUAUACAGAUCGUUGACAUGUGUAUGUUGACAAAAUACACGUAUGCAUGCAUGUACGUACGUAUACAAACACGUUCUCUCUUUUUCCCUGCCCUCCUUUUUCCCACGAUUCUCGACGGCUCGACGACUCUUAUGUGAUUAUUUAAAGACUUAUUUUUUCUAUAAUGGUAACGAUAAUAACGAUAAUAAGUUAAAGAAAGCGUAGCGAAAGAACGUUUUAUUAAGGCGAUAAACUCGAUAAACGCGCAUCUUCUGCAAAGACUCACUCGUAUGCAAAAAGCGAAAGCGAAAUGAAAAAAGAAAGAAAAAAGAAAAAAAAAAAGAUGGAAGUAAGCGUGCAACACUAUUAUUGAGGAUAAAUGAGAUAUGUAUGAACGACGUAUAAAUAAAGAACAUGAACGACGACAUCAUACUCCUAUUUAUCACGACUCGUGUUAUUGAUUUUCGAUGUGCAUUUUCUUGGCGGAGUAUUCAUAAUUUUACAUUUAAAAAACGAGAAAGAAGGAAAAAAAAGACAAGCAGGCUAGCACAUUUUUAACGACAUAAUAACGAUGUAUCCGAUAUGAGUCAAGAAUGGUCUAAUUGUUUAAACAAGCUCGUUGGAAUAAUCACCGAAUCCGUAAUUUUACGAAUAUACACGUACAAAAAAGCUACACUCUACAGUAAGGAAAGGUA